GUCAUGGACGGCUUUCACCUUGCAGGUACGCGCGCCGCGGUCUGCGGGAAGAGGCAGCAGUUCGGGAGCCGGUUUCUGAGCGACCCGGCGCGCGUCUUCCACCACAAUGCCUGGGACAGUGUGGAGUGGUCAGAAGAGCAGGCCGCGGCGGCGGAGAGGAAAGUCCAGGAGAACAGUACCCAGCGGGUGUGCCAGGAGAAGCAAGGUGCGCCCAGUUGAUUAUGAGAUCAAUGCCAACAAAUAUUGGAAUGACUUCUACAAAAUCCAUGAAAAUGGGUUUUUCAAGGAUAGACAUUGGCUUUUUACUGAAUUCCCAGAGCUGGCACCUAGCCAAAACCAAAAUCACUUGAAGGAUUUGCUCUCAGAGAACAAGGGGAGUGAAGUACCUGCAUGUAGAAGCAGUGAGGAUGGAUCUGGUUUAAUAAUAGAAGAACAGCACAGUUUUUCUUCAGUCAGCCUUGGAUGUAAAACACAGCCACCUCCUGUGGAAGAGAAUGUAACUCAGAAACUCCGUCACCUGGAAAUCUGUGCUGAUGAGUUUCCUGGAUCCUCAGCCACCUACCGAAUACUAGAGGUUGGUUGUGGUGUGGGAAACACAGUCUUUCCAAUUUUACAAACUAACAAUGACCCAAGACUCUUUGUUUACUGUUGUGAUUUUUCUUCCACAGCUGUAGAACUAGUCCAGACAAAUUCAGCGUAUGAUCCUUCUCGGUGUUUUGCCUUUGUUCACGACCUGUGUGAUGAAGAUAAGAGUUACCCAGUGCCCGGGGAUAGUCUUGAUAUCAUCAUCCUCAUAUUUGUUCUCUCAGCAAUCAUUCCAGACAAGAUGCAAAAGGCUAUCAACAGGCUAAGCAGGCUUCUGAAGCCUGGAGGGAUGAUGCUUCUGCGAGAUUAUGGCCGCUAUGACAUGGCUCAGCUUCGGUUUAAAAAAGGUCAGUGUCUGUCUGAAAAUUUCUAUGUGAGAGGCGAUGGCACCAGAGUGUACUUCUUCACACAAGAUGAACUGGACACACUUUUCACUACUGCUGGACUGGAAAAGGUUCAGAACCUGGUGGAUCGCCGGUUGCAGGUGAAUCGAGGGAAACAACUGACAAUGUACCGAGUUUGGAUUCAGUGCAAAUAUCGUAAGCCUCUUCUGUCCAACACCAGCUGAGAGGCACCUGCUCCUGACAGGCGAGGUCACUGGGGCUUUUUAAAAAGAACGCCCACAAAUGGUGUCUUGUAGAUAUUAAACCAUUCAAGGAUUCCAACAGAUUUGAACCUAGGAAGAAUUAUUUUAUAUCAAGA